AUGGGUCAGAAUCAGCAAAAACAGAUACAGGAAGAAGAACUGGAGUUAAACAGCAUCCAGGACCUCUACAAGUCAUUCAUCAAGGAGUGCCCGAGCGGAUCUUUGUACCUGCACGAGUUCAAGAGGAUGUUUGGAGUACAGAACGGCACGCCUGAAUCACAAUACAUGGACAGCAUCUUCCGAGCAUUUGACAUGAAUCAUGACAACACAAUGGAUUUUAUAGAAUAUGUGGCCGCACUUCAUCUUGUUCUGCGUGGGAAACUUGAGGAUAAGCUGCGGUGGUCUUUCAAGGUGUUUGACAACGAUGACAGUGGUCGUCUGGACAGACAUGAACUACUGAAGAUUGUAAAAAUAAUCUACAAAAUAAAGAAAGGCUCUGUGUCUGACGAAGCGGGAAAACAAAGCCUUACUCCUGCGGAGGUGUGUGAUCGCAUCUUUCAAGAGGUUGACGACAACAGUGACGGUCAGAUUACACUGGAUGAGUUUGUGCAGGGGGCUCAGAGGAGUCCUUGGCUACAGAGCUUCCUGCGUCUUGAUGUCAAUCCCUCUGGAUGGGUCCAGAGGUAUUUGUGCGACAGGAAACUCAUGAGUAGCAAAAGUUCCUGA